AUGGCCGAGACCAAGGUGGAAUCGACCGCAUUGAACUCGUCAGUCGGGACGACCUCUCACGGUGUAUGUACUAGCUCAUCAUCUCCUGACUCACCGCCACGUCGGACGGACGCCCACAGUGGCCGCUGACGCGGUGCAUCUCGUACGGUACUACAGAGGCAUGACAAUUUGGCGACAACCUUUGUUUCAUUCUGUCCGUACUCGACCUUGCGUUCGACCUGCCCCGACACGUCGGCGUGCCCUUUGCUCCAUUUUGAGCGCUCCGUUCGCCCCCACACCCAAGUUGGUUUGGGCGACUGCUCCUACCUCAACAUGUGCCACCGCAUGAACAGGUGUCGUUAUGUGCACUACACGAUCGAGGACCCGUUGCACCUGGUUCGGGCGCUACAGGGCAAAGAUGUUUGCCUUCGGUCAGCGCUGAACUCGACUAGGACGAGACCGAACCGGGAUGACGAACCGCCGUCGGGGCCAGUAGUGAGUUUGUGUUUGCCCUGGCUUUUUGUGAUCAACACUGAUCCGAUAAUGUGCGUCUCCCUUCAAGCCACCGGAGGAGCGUGUUUAUCCGGGCCAAUGGAUCAACGCCGACUUGCGCGUGCUCGACUUUUCGGUCUUGGGCAAAUUUGAUGUGCUCGUCGCCGACCCACCCUGGGCCAUCCACCAAGAGGUAAGGUACGGGACCCACAAAAACUGUGGAUUGAAAUGUAGCUCACAUCGACUUCCUUCCUCGGUCACUGCAGCUCCCCUACGGCACCUUGACGGACGACGAGAUGUUGCGCAUGCCCGUCGGCUCGCUCCAAGACCAAGGUGGCCUCUUGUUCCUGUGGGUCACGGGGAGGGCGAUGGAGUUGGGAAGGGAUUGCCUCGAUGCGUGGGGGUAUGAGAGGAUCGACGAGCUGGUUUGGGUCAAGACUAAUCAGUUGCAAGGGCUGAUUCGAACGGGUUAGUUCGGGUGGUUGUCGUCAGUGAAUUGUCAUUGAAUCGAGGUUUCUGACGAUCCAUUCUGGUUCGUAUCCAAUCGAGACAGGCAGGACUGGACACUGGUUGAACCACUCGAAAGAGGUGAGCUGCUCCUAUCUCGACUCAUGCUUGGCACCCCCUCACCUCGUCUGCUUCCAUUGGACCCACAGCACUGCCUCGUCGCUAUUCGUCGAUCCCCUACCUCUAGCUCAUCUUCCGGCUCGACCCCGAUCCCUCCCUAUUUCAAACAAGGACUUGACACCCAAGUGAUACUCUCCGAAGUAAGGGAGACGUCGCGCAAGCCCGACGAGCUUUACGACAUGAUCGAGAGGAUCGUGCCGCCUUUCCUCGAGGUUUCUCCGGACGAACACGGAGCUGGGACUGUCAGGCGGAGAUCGAGAAAGGCUGAACUGUUCGGCCGGAUCCAUAACGUUCGGGAAGGAUGGUCAGUUUCGCGCACCGGAUGUACGGCGGACUUGGGCGACUAGAAGGUUCUGAUCCACAACAUUCGCGCCCACGCAGGCUAACGAUUGGGAAUCAGCUCGGGACUUCCGACCAAUUAUACGAAAAGGAGUUGUGGGAGAGGUUGAACUUGGGGUACGAGCAUUCAUGUCGUCUUGGGACCGACAAAUGCCAUACGAAGCUCACACGCCUUUGA